AUGGAUACCUCCUCAGUGCCUCUGCUCAACUACAUGCAGUACCAGUGGUGCUCGGACUCGGACCUCUCCAGCAUCUCCUCUUCAGAGACCCUCUCCCCCGUCCACUCUAUGGACUCCAGCCUGUCUCCUUCCUACCUGCAGCCUCCUCAGUCCACUCCAAAGACAGCUAAAAGUGGAUAUUCUCAGAGCAACACCUCCUCACCCUACUCCCUGUCUGGACGUGGCAGGAGGUCAGGCCGAGCCACCCGUAUCCGCAGCAAACAAAGGGAGAGCGCCAGCGAGAAGGAGAAGCUGAGGAUGAGGGAUCUGACCAAGGCCCUGCAUCACCUCAGGUCCUACCUACCGCCUUCUGUAGCCCCCGCCGGACAGACUCUGACAAAGAUUGAGACGCUCCGCCUCACCAUACGCUACAUCUCCUACUUGUCGGCUCAGCUGGGCCUCAGUGAGGAGGCGUUGUUUCAGCAAAGGGAACAGGGAGACCCCUCGGCCAGUGGCACCUCCUCACCUGACAUCCUCAGCUACUUCCAGCACGGCUCCAUGGAAGGUCAGGAAGUUCAGCUCCAGAGCCAGAACCUGAGCCAAAGUCUGUAUCCGAUCCAGUGUCACAGUCCAGACACCAUGCUGCAUUCUGGGAGCUGUAGUUUUGGAGCUGAUCAGUAUAAUAAGCAGUGCAGUGGAGCUCCUCAGGGAGACAUCAGCAUGGCUUCCAUCAACACAACACAGUCCUCCUGUCAGAUGUAUGGCAAUGACUUCUGCAUGCCAUUGGCUCCAAGAGAGUAUUGGGGUUAA